UUGAGGGUCACGCAGCUAUCAAGUCACGGGAUCAACAACAAAUUUGACUUGACUUCAGGAAAAAUUGAAUUAUUUAACUAAAUUGAAGGUAAUUUAAUUGAUUCACGAUGGCAUUACACUCAGCGAUCAAAGGAAAACUCUUGUCAGUUAUUGGCGAUGAGGACACUUGCGUUGGCUUCUUGCUCGGUGGAGUUGGUGAAAUAAACAAGAAUCGUCAUGCAAACUUCAUGGUUGUUGAUAAAAAUACAGCUGUAAGCGAAAUUGAAGACUGCUUCAAGAGAUUCAUUAAGCGUGAUGAUAUUGAUAUCAUUCUUAUCAAUCAGAACUGUGCUGAGUUGAUCCGUCACGUAAUUGACGCUCAUACAUCACCAGUUCCUGCUAUUCUUGAAAUCCCAUCAAAAGAUCAUCCAUAUGAUCCAACCAAGGACUCAAUUUUGCGACGAGCCAAGGGAAUGUUCUCAGCUGAAGACUUGAUGGUCGGAGCUAAUCGCGGUUAAAGCAUUUGGUG